GGAGAAGACUAGCUCGGAAAGCAAGGGGGAGCGGGAAAAUUUUGUAAUGGCGAGGGAGGAUGCGCAACUCACCCGUUGUACCCUGCUGAAGGUAUAAAAUCCUUCGGCGGGAAUUAUUCGGCAUCCAGUAUCGCGAUCGCUAGGACACCGUGAACAUCCCACAUUUUCGUCUUCCUCGCAGCCAGUGGAACCAUAAAUUUUGAAAGCGAAGAUAAUACAAACGUCUUUUUUCCUCCAGAACCGGCGGUUCGAUUACUCAUCCGCGGUUAUUCUCUCUUUACAAUUCAUCUUUUCAGCUGAGUCACUGCGAUUCGGGAAGAUAAAUAGAUUAAUUGUUGUUAUUUUAAAAAAUCACUCCUGAAAUGAAAUAUCAUCUUCGCUUCACUGUGCUAAUUUUUCUCGUCUUUGGUACAUCACUCAACCGGGGCGCAAGGAUUAACGACUUGAUCGCUAAAUUCAAUGAACGAAGAGCUGCUGGAAUUCUCGCACAACCGCGAAUCGGACGAAACGCGGGUAUGGGCAGUUUUGGACGACCGGAUGGAGUUGCCGGGCUCGUGCAAUAUCCUCGUGUCGGACGAUCCGGGCCAUCAGCACUAACCGAUGAUUUGAAAUAUCCGGAGUCUGAUGGAGAAGUCAAGAAUCAUCGGCAGGGAUCGGACAAUCCGCUGGAUUUUAAUGACCAGCGAAAUUUCGAUGAGGACUUCUACAAGCGACUGGGUAACGGAAUUUGGGUCGAUAAUCUGAGAUAUGGACCGAGAAAAAAUCAACAGCGAUCUCAGUGUGAAAAUGAGAUGGAUAAUGCUGGGAUAUUCAUUGUCACACCUCGAGAUUAUCAAAAGAUGGAGCGCCAAUUGCUGCACAACUACCCCCGAUCAUCUGGGGAUCACUCCCGUUAAUAGGACACGAUGUAGGAAAUAACGAUAGAAGAAAGGAGACACAAGAGAUCACGAUGGGAGACAGCUAUCCCAGGGAAUAAAUAAUGACAAAUAGACAAAUUGAAUAAAUAAAAAAAGAAGCAUAAGAAAAUUUAAUUGAAAGAAAAAAGUAAAAAAAAAUAUAAAUAAAAAAUAUUGAAAGUUGAUAUCUUCCUAGAUUCUCCAACCUCUGGAGACCCUGAUUUUAAAUCGAUAAAAAAAAUUAACAAAAAUGAACAAAUUGUAAGAUAAAAUUUCAAUCAUUUUAUUAAUUGACAAAGCGUUCAUAAUAAA